AUGGCCGGCUUGAAAGAAAUCGCUGUGAUUGGCGGCACUGGUGCACAAGGCAUGCCAGUAGUGCAAGGUCAGAAUGCUAGUGGACGUUACCUAGUCAGGGUCUUGACUCGAAAUCCAAAGUCUUCCCGCGCUGAGAAGCUCGCCGCCCUACCAAAUGUAUCCCUUAUUCAAGGCACUCAAGAGAACCAACAGGAUCUACACCGUGUAUUCAAGGGCGUGUACGGUGCUUGGGUAAAUCUCGACGGUUUUACUCUAGGCGAAAAAGACGAGCUCUUCUACGGCUUCAGAGCCUACGAGAUUGCGAGGUCUGAGCAUGUGCAGCACUAUGUUUGGGCGCAUAUCGAGUAUGCCUUGGGCAACGCGAACUUUGACGAGAGCUACCACUGCGGACACAUGGUUUCCAAGGGCAGGGUGGGCAAGUUUAUUCUUGCACUUGGCCAAGAACCUAUGAAGACCACGCUUUUCAGUACUGGUCCGUACAUGGAUAUGCUCAUAGAUGGCAUGAUGACUCCUAAUAUCCAGCCCGAUGGAUCCUUUUUGUGGAUUAACCCGCUCCCAAGCGACGUGAAACUCCCCUUGAUUGCUCUUUGUGACGUGGGCAUUUAUAACCUCUGGAUCUUUGACAACCCAUCUGAGUCGGCAGGUAUUGAUCUCUCUGUAGUGACAGAUAAUGUGAGCUUCGAAGAGAUCGCCGAAGCCGUUACAGAGGUUACUGGCAAACCUGCAUCGCACCAGAGCGUGCCAUUCGAGUCAUAUGCACCUCUGGCAGAGCCUUACCCGGGCGCUUACGUUAACUGGGCCCUAGGUCCUGAUGCACCACGAGACGACUCAAUCAUGAGUUGGCGAGACAAUUUUGGUGCUUUUUGGCGAUACUGGGGCGAUGGCAUUACUCCAUCGCGGGAUACAGAAAUCCUCGAUCGUAUCUAUCCCAGUCGUAUCAAAACAGUGAGAGAAUGGAUGCGACGCGUGGGAUAUAAUGGGACGCGUCGGGGGAGCGUUCUGAAGAUGGUGGAAGAUUGGGCUGUUAAAAUGGCAUCUUAG